UAGAAUGAUAUCAUAUCAUGAGCUUUGUCGUGGGAAAAACAACUUCUGUGAAAGCAACUUGCUUGGAAUUGGAGGUUUUGGCUCUGUUUACAAAGGGGUACUAUUUGAUGGGACCAUUGUUGUUAUCAAAGUUCUAAACUUGCAAUUGGAGGGUGUUUUGAGAAGUUUUGAUGUUGAAUGCAAAGUGUUAAGGGCAAUCCAACAUAGGAAUCUAGUUAAAGUCAUUAGUACAUGCUCCAACCCCGAGUUUAGAGCUUUGGUACUACAAUACAUGUCAAAUGGUAGUCUCAAAAAGUGGUUAUACUCUCACAACUAUUGCUUGAAUCUUGUUCAAAGAGUAAGCAUUAUGGUUGAUGUUGCAUUAGCAUUGGAUUAUCUCCACAACGGUCAAUCAAAAUCCAUGGUGCAUUGUGAUUUGAAGCCUAGCAAUAUCAUAUUGGAUGAGGACAUGGUUGCGCAUGUUGGUGACUUUGGCAUUGCAAAGAUUUUAGUUGAAAAAAAUGACGCAACCCAUACCAAAACCAUCGGUAUAGUUGGCUACAUUGCACCAGGAGAUACUUACUUAUCACUGGAUGAUCCAGGUGCUUUGGCUCAAGAAUGGUCUAAUUUCAUGAGUAAUAAGAUUUAUGAAGAACAGAAAGAAUUAGAUAGAGGUUUUCAUUUAUAUGGCUACACCGACAGAAUAGCUGUGUAUGGCCCAAAACCUUCAGCAGGAAGGAUCAUUGGGAAAAGAAGGAUUGUUAAAGACCCCAGAUUGAUGACAGCCAAGGAUCAUGUUCCUGUUUUCGUUCCUAUUUCAUACUGUGCCCUAUGUAAUGAUUAUGGAGUGCUCCACGAGCAUGAGCAAUAUGAGGAUAACACUGAUCCGCUAGAUUAUGAUAACUACGCGGAUACAGAUUGA